AUCGGUUAACAAUUCGCGUGUGUGCAAUUCCAAAAGCAUUUAUGUUUCAGUAUGAAAUUGCUAAUAUUAUGCUUGUUAGUCGCAUCGGGCGCUACUUUUACACUUUUCGGGCCACAUAUUCGAAUUUCAUCUGGCGAUCAUCACAAUGAGAUUAUAUUGCACUUCCGGAAUCCUUGCAAUAAUAAGACAAGCUACACAACUACUAUUCGCCCACCCUCCACACCUUGUAAAUAUCAUCCAACCACACCAAAUUGUGAACACCGCACAACAACUGCAACUAAACAACCAUGUCAGCACAAAACAACCACACCUCACGACUGCCCAGGAGACACAACAGCACAAACUUCGACUCCCAAGCCCACAUAUCAGACAACCAUACAAACAACACAUCAAACUACAGUUAAAACUACACCGAAGUCGAGCACAGAAAAGCCAACUACAUCGAAGCCAACUGUUCCUAGCUCCACAACAUUGAAGCCAAGCACUGAAAAAUCAACUACAUCGAAGCCAACUGUUCCCAGCUCCACAACAUUGAAGCCAAGCACAGAAAAGCCAAUCACUUCGAAACCAACCCUUCCUAGCUCCACAACAUUGAAGCCAAGUACAGAAAAACCAACCACAUCGAAGACAACUGCUCCUAGCUCCACAACUUUGAAGCCAAGUACAGAAAAACCAACCACAGCGAAGCCAACUGUUCCUAGCACUACAACGUUGAAACCAAGCACCGAUAAGCCAACUGUUCCAAGCACCACAACAUUGAAACCAAGCACAGAAAGGCCAACCACUCCGAAGACAACUGUUCCUAGCUCCACAACAUUGAAGCCAAGUACAGAAAAACCAACUACAUCCAAGCCAACUGUUCCUAGCACUACAACGUUGAAGCCAAGUACACAAAAACCAACCACUUCGAAACCAACUGUGCCCAGCACCACAACAUUGAAGCCAAGCACAGAAAAGCCAACCACUUCGAAGCCUACUGUGCCCAGCACCACAACAUUGAAGCCAAGCACACAAAAACCAACCACAUCGAAGCCAACUGUUCCUAGCUCCACAACAUUGAAACCAAGCACAGAAAAACCAACCACAGCGAAGCCAACUGUUCCUAGCACUACGACGUUGAAGCCAAGCACAGAAAAACCUACAACAGCGAAGCCAACUGUUCCUAGCACUACAACGUUGAAGCCAAGCACCGAAAAGCCAACUGUUCCUAGCACUACAACAUUGAAACCAAGCACAGAAAAGCCAACCACUUCGAAUCCAACUGUGCCCAGCACCACAACAUUGAAGCCAAGCACAGAAAAGCCAACCACUUCGAAGCCAACUGUGCCCAGUACCACAACAUUGAAGCCAAGCACACAAAAACCAACCACAUCGAAGCCAACUGUACCUAGCUCCACAACAUUGAAACCAAGCACAGAAAAACCAACCACAGCGAAGCCAACUGUUCCUAGCACUACGACGUUGAAGCCAAGCACAGAAAAACCUACAACAGCGAAGCCAACUGUUCCUAGCACUACAACGUUAAAGCCAAGCACAGAAAAGCCAACCACUUCGAAACCAACUGUGCCCAGUACCACAACAUUGAAGCCAAGCACACAAAAACCAACCACAUCGAAGCCAACUGUUCCUAGCUCCACAACAUUGAAACCAAGCACAGAAAAACCAACCACAGCGAAGCCAACUGUUCCUAGCACUACGACGUUGAAGCCAACCACAGAAAAACCUACAACAGUGAAGCCAACUGUUCCUAGCACUACAACGUUGAAGCCAAGCACAGAAAAGCCAACUACUUCGAAACCAACUGUGCCCAGCACCACAACAUUGAAGCCAAGCACAGAAAAACCAACCACUUCGAAACCAACUGUGCCCAGCACCACAACAUUGAAGCCUAGCACAGAAAAGCCAACCACAGCGAAGCCAACUGUUCCUAGCACUACAACAUUGAAGCCAAGCACCGAAAAGCCAACUGUUCCUAGCACUACAACGUUGAAGCCAAGCACCGAAAAGCCAACUGUUCCUAGCACCACAACAUUGAAACCAAGCACAGAAAAGCCAACCACUUCGAAGCCAACUGUGCCCAGCACCACAACAUUGAAGCCAAGUACAGAAAAACCAACCACAGCGAAGCCAACUGUUCCUAGCACUACAACGUUAAAGCCAAGCACAGAAAAGCCAACCACUUCGAAACCAACUGUGCCCAGUACCACAACAUUGAAGCCAAGCACACAAAAACCAACCACAUCGAAGCCAACUGUUCCUAGCUCCACAACAUUGAAACCAAGCACAGAAAAACCAACCACAGCGAAGCCAACUGUUCCUAGCACUACGACGUUGAAGCCAAGCACAGAAAAACCUACAACAGCGAAGCCAACUGUUCCUAGCACUACAACGUUGAAGCCAAGCACAGAAAAGCCAACUACUUCGAAACCAACUGUGCCCAGCACCACAACAUUGAAGCCAAGCACAGAAAAACCAACCACUUCGAAACAAACUGUGCCCAGCACCACAACAUUGAAGCCUAGCACAGAAAAGCCAACCACAGCGAAGCCAACUGUUCCUAGCACUACAACAUUGAAACCAAGCACAGAAAAGCCAACCACUUCGAAGCCAACUGUGCCCAGCACCACAACAUUGAAGCCAAGUACAGAAAAACCAACCACAGCGAAGCCAACUGUUCCUAGCACUACAACAUUGAAGCCAAGCACCGAAAAGCCAACUGUUCCUAGCACCACAACAUUGAAACCAAGAGAAAAACCAACCACAGCGAAGCCAACUGUUCCUAGCACUACAACAUUGAAGCCAAGCACCGAAAAGCCAACUGUUCCUAGCACCACAACAUUGAAACCAAGCACAGAAAAGCCAACCACUUCGAAGCCAACUGUGCCCAGCACCACAACAUUGAAGCCAAGCACAGAAAAGCCAACCACUUCGAAACCAACUGUGCCCAGCACCACAACAUUGAAGCCAAGUACAGAAAAGCCAACCACUUCGAAACCAACUGUGCCCAGCACCACAACAUUGAAGCCAAGUACAGAAAAACCAACCACAUCGAAGCCAACUGUUCCUAGCUCCACAACAUUGAAGCCAACCACAGAAAAGCCAACCACUUCGAAACCAACUGUGCCCAGCACCACAACAUUGAAGCCAAGUACAGAAAAACCAACCACGGCGAAACCAACUGUUCCUAGCACUACAACGUUGAAGCCAAGCACCGAAAAACCAACUGUUCCUAGCACCACAACAUUGAAACCAAGCACACAGAAGCCAACUGUGCCCAGCACCACAACAUUGAAGCCAAGUACAGAAAAGCCAACCACUUCGAAACCAACUGUACCCAGCACCACAACAUUGAAGCCAAGUACAGAAAAACCAACCACAGCGAAGCCAACUGUGCCCAGCACUACAACGUUGAAGCCAAGCACCGAAAAGCCAACUGUUUCUAGCACCACAACAUUGAAACCAAGCACAGAAAAGCCAACCACUUCGAAGUCAACUGUGCCCAGCACCACAACAUUGAAACCAAGCACAGAAAAGCCAUCCACUUUGAAACCAACUGUGCCCAGCACCACAACAUUGAAGCCAAGUACAGAAAAGCCAACCACUUCGAAACCAACUGUGCCCAGCACCACAACAUUGAAGCCAAGUUCAGAAAAACCAACCACAUCGAAGCCAACUGUUCCUAGCUCCACAACAUUGAAGCCAAGCACAGAAAAACCAACCACAGCGAAGCCAACUGUUCUUAGCACUACAACAUUGAAGCCAAGCACCGAAAAGCCAACUGUUCCUAGCACCACAACACUGAAACCAAGUACAGAAAAGCCAACCACUUUGAAGCCAACUGUGCACAGCACCACAACAUUGAAGCCAAGUACAGAAAAACCAACCACUUCGAAACCAACUGUGCCCAGCACCACAACAUUGAAGCCAAGUACAGAAAAACCAACCACAUCGAAGCCAACUGUUCCUAGCUCCACAACAUUGAAGCCAACCACAGAAAAGCCAACCACUUCGAAACCAACUGUGCCCAGCACCACAACAUUGAAGCCAAGUACAGAAAAACCAACCACGGCGAAACCAACUGUUCCUAGCACUACAACGUUGAAGCCAAGCACCGAAAAACCAACUGUUCCUAGCACCACAACAUUGAAACCAAGCACACAGAAGCCAACUGUGCCCAGCACCACAACAUUGAAGCCAAGUACAGAAAAGCCAACCACUUCGAAACCAACUGUACCCAGCACCACAACAUUGAAGCCAAGUACAGAAAAACCAACCACAGCGAAGCCAACUGUGCCCAGCACUACAACGUUGAAGCCAAGCACCGAAAAGCCAACUGUUUCUAGCACCACAACAUUGAAACCAAGCACAGAAAAGCCAACCACUUCGAAGUCAACUGUGCCCAGCACCACAACACUGAAACCAAGCACAGAAAAGCCAUCCACUUUGAAACCAACUGUGCCCAGCACCACAACAUUGAAGCCAAGUACAGAAAAGCCAACCACUUCGAAACCAACUGUGCCCAGCACCACAACAUUGAAGCCAAGUUCAGAAAAACCAACCACAUCGAAGCCAACUGUUCCUAGCUCCACAACAUUGAAGCCAAGCACAGAAAAACCAACCACAGCGAAGCCAACUGUUCCUAGCACUACAACAUUGAAGCCAAGCACCGAAAAGCCAAUUGUUCCUAGCACCACAACACUGAAACCAAGUACAGAAAAGCCAACCACUUUGAAGCCAACUGUGCACAGCACCACAACAUUGAAGCCAAGUACAGAAAAACCAACCACUUCGAAACCAACUGUGCCCAGCACCACAACAUUGAAGCCAAGCACAGAAAAACCAACCACAGCGAAGCCAACUGUUCCUAGCUCCACAACAUUGAAGCCAAGCACAGAAAAACCAACCACAGCGAAGCCAACUGUUCCUAGCACUACAACUUUGAAGCCAAGCACAGAAAAGCCGACCACUUCGAAACCAACUGUGCCCACCACCACAACAUUGAAGCCAAGUACAGAAAAACCAACCACAUCGAAGCCAACUGUUCCUAGCUCCACAACAUUGAAGCCAAUCACAGAAAAACCAACCACAGCGAAGCCAACUGUUCCUAGCACUACAACUUUGAAGCCAAGUACAGAAAAGCCAACCACUUCGAAACCAACUGUGCCCAGCACCACAACAUUGAAGCCAAGUACAGAAAAACCAACGACUUCGAAACCAACUGUGCCCAGCACCACAACAUUGAAGCCAAGCACAGAAAAGCCAACCACAGCGAAGCCAACUGUUCCUAGCACUACAACAUUGAAGCCAAGUACAGAAAAACCAAUAACAUCGAAGCCAACUGUUCCUAGCUCCACAACAUUGAAGCCAAGCACAGAAAAACCAACCACAGCGAAGCCAACUGUUCCUAGCACUACAACUUUGAAGCCAAGCACAGAAAAGACAACCACUUCAAAACCAACUGUGCCCAGCACCACAACAUUGAAGCCAAGUACAGAAAAACCAACCACAUCGAAGCCAACAGUUCCUAGCUCCACAACAUUGAAGCCAAGCACAGAAAAACCAACCACAGCGAAGCCAACUGUUCCUAGCACUACAACUUUGAAGCCAAGCACAGAAAAGCCAACCACUUCGAAACCAACUGUGUCCAGCACCACAACAUUAAAGCCAAGCACAGAAAAACCGACCACAGCAAAGCCAACUGUUCCUAGCACUACAACAUUGAAGCCAAGCACCGAAAAGCCAACUGUUCCUAGCACCACAACAUUGAAGCCAAGCACAGAAAAGCCAACCACUUCGAAACCAACUGUGCCCAGCACCACAACACUGAAGCCAAGCACAGAAAAGCCAACCACUUCGAAACCAACUGUGCCCAGCACCACAACAUUAAAGCCAAGUACAGAAAAGCCAACCACUUCGAAACCAACUGUGCCCAGCACCACAACAUUGAAACCAAGCACAGAAAAGCCAUCCACUUUGAAACCAACUGUGCCCAGCACCACAACAUUGAAGCCAAGUACAGAAAAGCCAACCACUUCGAAACCAACUGUGCCCAGCACCACAACAUUGAAGCCAAGUUCAGAAAAACCAACCACAUCAAAGCCAACUGUUCCUAGCACUACAACUUUGAAGCCAAGCACAGAAAAGCCAACCACUUUGAAGCCAACUGUGCCCAGCACCACAACAUUGAAGCCAAGUACAGAAAAACCAACCACUUCGAAACCAACUGUGCCCAGCACCACAACAUUGAAGCCAAGCACAGAAAAACCAACCACAGCGAAGCCAACUGUGCCCAGCACCACAACAUUGAAGCCAAGCACAGAAAAACCAACCACAGCGAAGCCAACUGUUCCUAGCACUACAACUUUGAAGCCAAGCACAGAAAAGCCAACCACUUCGAAACCAACUGUGCCCACCACCACAACAUUGAAGCCAAGUACAGAAAAACCAACCUCAUCAAAGCCAACUGUUCCUAGCUCCACAACAUUGAAGCCAAUCACAGAAAAACCAACCACAGCGAAGCCAACUGUUCCUAGCACUACAACUUUGAAGCCAAGCACAGAAAAGCCAACCACUUCGAAACCAACUGUGCCCAGCACCACAACAUUGCAGCCAAGUACAGAAAAACCAACGACUUCGAAACCAACUGUGCCCAGCACCACAACAUUGAAGCCAAGUACAGAAAAGCCAACCACUUCGAAACCAACUGUGCCCAGCACCACAACAUUGAAGCCAAGCACAGAAAAGCCAACCACAGCGAAGCCAACUGUUCCUAGCACUACAACAUUGAAGCCAAGUACAGAAAAACCAAUCACAUCGAAGCCAACUGUUCCUAGCUCCACAACAUUGAAGCCAAGCACAGAAAAACCAACCACAGCGAAGCCAACUGUUCCUAGCACUACAACUUUGAAGCCAAGCACAGAAAAGCCAACCACUUCAAAACCAACUGUGCCCAGCACCACAACAUUGAAGCCAAGUACAGAAAAACCAACCACAUCGAAGCCAACAGUUCCUAGCUCCACAACAUUGAAACCAAGCACAGAAAAACCAACCACAGCGAAGCCAACUGUUCCUAGCACUACAACUUUGAAGCCAAGCACAGAAAAGCCAACCACUUCGAAACCAACUGUGUCCAGCACCACAACAUUAAAGCCAAGCACAGAAAAACCAACCACAACAAAGCCAACUGUUCCUAGCACUACAACAUUGAAGCCAAGCACGGAAAAGCCAACUGUUCCUAGCACCACAACAUUGAAGCCAAGCACAGAAAAGCCAACCACUUCGAAACCAACUGUGCCCAGCACCACAACACUGAAGCCAAGCACAGAAAAGCCAACCACUUCGAAACCAACUGUGCCCAGCACCACAACAUUGAAGCCAAGUACAGAACCAACCACUUCGAAACCAACUGUGCCCAGCACCACAACAUUGAAGCCAAGUACAGAAAAACCAACGACUUCGAAACCAACUGUGCCCAGCACUACAACAUUGAAGCCAAGUACAGAAAAACCAACCACAGCGAAGCCAACUGUUCCUAGCACUACAACGUUGAAGCCAAGCACCGAAACGCCAACCACUUCGAAACCAACUGUGCCCAGCACCACAACAUUGAAGCCAAGUACAGAAAAACCAACCACAGCGAAGCCAACUGUUCCUAGUACUACAACGUUGAAGUCAAGCACCGAAAAGUCAACUGUUCCUAGCACCACAACAUUGAAACCAAGCACAGAAAAGCCAUCCACUUCGAAGCCAACUGUGCCCAGCACCACAACAUUGAAGCCAAGCACCGAAAAGCCAACCACUUCGAAACCAACUGUGCCCAGCACCACAACAUUGAAGCCAAGUACAGAAAAACCAACGACUUCGAAACCAACUGUGCCUAGCACCACAACAUUGAAGCCAAGUACAGAAAAACCAACCACUUCGAAGCCAACUAUUCCUAGCACCACAACAUUGAAGCCAAGCACCGAAAAGCCAACCACUUCGAAACCAACUGUGCCCAGCACCACAACAUUGAAGCCAAGUACAGAAAAACCAACCACAGCGAAGCCAACUGUUCCUAGCACUACAACGUUGAAGCCAAGCACCGAAAAGCCAACCACUUCGAAACCAACUGUGCCCAGCACCACAACAUUGAAGCCAAGUACAGAAAAACCAACCACAGCGAAGCCAACUGUUCCUAGCACCACAACAUUGAAACCAAGCACAGAAAAGCCUCCACACACUCAACCAACGCAGCCAACUCAACCGACCCAACCAACACAGCCUCCACACACUCAACCAACGCAGCCAACUCAACCGACCCAACCAACACAACCUCCACACACUCAACCGACGCAACCAACUCAACCGACCCAACCAACACAGCCUCCACACACUCAACCAACGCAGCCAACUCAACCGACCCAACCAACACAACCUCCACACACUCAACCGACGCAACCAACUCAACCGACCCAACCAACACAGCCUCCACACACUCAACCGACGCAGCCAACUCAACCGACCCAACCAACACAGCCUCCACACACUCAACCAACGCAGCCAACUCAACCGACCCAACCAACACAACCUCCACACACUCAACCGACGCAACCAAGUCAACCGACCCAACCAACACAGUCUCCACACACUCAACCUACUAAACCAAGCACCACAACAUUGAAGCCAAGCACAGAAAAGCCAACCACAUCGAAACCAACUGUUCGUAGCACCACAACAUUGAAGCCGAGCACAGAGAAGCCAACCACAUCGAAGCCAACUGUUCCUAGCACUACAACAUUGAAGCCAAGCACCGAAAAGCCAACUGUUCCUAGCACCACAACAUUGAAACCAAGCACAGAAAAGCCAUCCACUUCGAAGCCAACUGUGCCCAGCACCACAACAUUGAAGCCAAGUACAGAAAAACCAACGACUUCGAAACCAACUGUGCCCAGCACCACAACAUUGAAGCCAAGUACAGAAAAACCAACCACAGCGAAGCCAACUGUUCCUAGCACUACAACGUUGAAGCCAAGCACCGAAAAGCCAACCACUUCGAAACCAACUGUGCCCAGCACCACAACAUUGAAGCCAAGUACAGAAAAACCAACCACAGCGAAGCCAACUGUUCCUAGCACUACAACGUUGAAGCCAAGCACCGAAAAGCCAACCACUUCGAAACCAACUGUGCCCAGCACCACAACAUUGAAGCCAAGCACCGAAAAGCCAUCCACAGAGAAGCCAACCACAUCGAAGCCAACUGUUCCUAGCACCACAACAUUGAAGCCAAGCACCGAAAAGCCAACCACUUCGAAACCAACUGAGCCGAGCACCACAACAUUGAAACCUAUCACUGAAAAGCCAACCACAUCGAAGCCAACUGAGGCGAGCACCACAACAUUGAAACCAAUCACAGAAAGGCCAACCACAUCGAAACCAACUGUUCGUAGCACCACAACAUUGAAGCCGAGCACAGAAAGGCCAACCACAUCGAAGCCAACUGUUCGUAGUACCACAACAUUGAAGUCGAGCACAGAAAAGCCAACCACAUCGAAGCCAACUAUUCCUAGCACCACAACAUUGAAGCCAAGCACCGAAAAGCCAUCCACAUCGAAGCCAACUGAGGCGAGCACCACAACAUUGAAACCAAUCACAGAAAAGCCAACCACUUCGAAACCAACUGAACCGAGCACAACAUCGUGGUGGCCAAGCACUCGAAAAUCGACCACUUUGAAGCCAACAGAGCCGAGUCCCACAACCAGGAAGCCAACCACUUCGAAACCAACAGAGACGAGCACCACAACAUUGAAGCCAAGCACAGAAAAGCCAACCACAUCGAAGCCAACUGUUCGUAGCACAACAACAUUGAAGCCUAGCACAGAAAAGCCAACCACUUCGAAACCAACUGAGCCGAGCAGCACAACAUUGAAGCCAAGCACAGAAAAGCCAACCACAUCGAAACCAACUGUUCGUAGCACCACAACAUUCAAGCCGAGCACAGAAAAGCCAACUGUUCGUAGCACAACAACAUUGAAGCCCAGCACAGAAAAGCCAACCACUUCGAAACCAACUGAGCCGAGCACCACAUCGUGGUGGCCAAGCACUCGAAAACCGACCACUUUGAAGCCAACAGAGCCGAGUCCCACAACCAGGAAGCCAACCACUCUGAAGCCAACAGAGCCGAGCACCACAACGUUGAAACCAAUCACACAAAAGCCAACCACUUCGAAGCCAACUGUUCGUAGCACAACAACAUUGAAGCCUAGCACAGAAAAGCCAACCACUUCGAAACCAACUGAGCCAAGCACCACAUCGUGGUGGCCAAGCACUCGAAAACCGACCACAUUGAAGCCAACAGAGCCGAGUUCCACAACCAGGAAGUCAACCACUCUGAAGCCAACUGAGCCGAGCACCACAACCAGGAAGCCAAGUACACAAAAGCCAACCACCUUAAAACCAACUACUCCCAGCACCACAACACGUAAACCGAUUACUCAAAAGCCCAGCACAUCCCCGCCCACAACGGAAAAGGUAACAACGGAAGGAACUGGAAGUACUACUGAGUCACUGCCCCCUUUUAACGUCUUUCAAGUGCAAUCGACUACGGAAGGUGUCGAUUAUAACUAAACUAACUUUGUAAUAUAUCGCGGUAAAACGGUAUAUACCUCAUAUAUAAUAUAUUUCACAGAAUUUGUCCAAUGAAUUUAACUGAAUUUCUUCUUAUAAUAACAAAAUAAAUAAUUAUAUUA